UCAAUAUAUCAUUCUCGAUCGCCAAGGCAGGGAGCAUAAAGUGACGAAUCCCAUUUUUAUGGAAGACGAAUAUGGGUUCCUGAGCAGGAAGCCUGGAGAACGUGGUGAAAUUGAGAGAUCACGUCAGAAACCUUCUACUAUUGGACAAUCUAUUGAACCUAUAUUAGGAUUCCAACACGACAAGGGCGCUGAGAUUCCAAUACAAGUUGACAUUAAGAAUAAGACAUCUCAUGACCGAGUUCGAAGACCCACGCAGGCCGCUCUUGAAUCUGCCGCAACUGAGACAAUAUAUAGACGAAAAAGCCGGCAAGAAAGACGUCAAGAAGCACGGGAGGCAAGUAAAGAUACUGCUUCUCGUAUAUCUCUUGCACGGGAGGCUUGUCUUAAGGAGGUUGCAAAUCCUGCAGUUGUAAUUGAGUUGCUAUUAGGAGAUGACGAUGAAUUUGCUUAUAAAGCUGCCAAGAUUGGAGGGGAGAUCCCUAUACCACAAAU